AUGUGGCCAUGGCAGAUCUUGAAAGUCACUCCCGCUUACUCCAGAUCGUCUGCCGCGUCAUUGGCCUGCUCCCGUUACGUGACGAAUCAACGUGUCACUCUGCUGCCCAUCACCAGCAGCGACUUCCUCGACCCACUCCUUACUGUACUCCACCCUCACCAACAGCUCAUCGUUCGCCACCCCUUGUCUUGUGACUCCAGUCCAGACCCAGUGCCAAGCAAUGUCUCAGCGAAAGCUUGCGACAGAAACACCGAGGACGCGCUGCGUCCUCGGACAAGGCACGCUGACGACUCUCGGCUCCAGACCCACGUCGUGUGCAAAUAG